AUGCCAAAUGGGUCCUGGGACUCUCACCUCCACGUCUUGGACCAAGUUCGUUUCCCGCCUAUCCCGGGAUCAUACGAGUUCAGUACAUACACAGCAUGGGAUGCUACCAUCGAAGAAACUCGACUCGGCUGUUCACACAUGGUUUUGAUUCAGCCGUCGGUCUACGGGAAUGACAAUACCUUGCUCAUUGAUACUCUCAAGGCAUUCGGGCCGGACAGGGCCCUCGGUGUCAUCGUGUUUGACGUCGCCAACACCUCAACUGCACAACUUCAAGAAUGGAAUGACCUCGGCGUUCGUGGCGUUCGGUUAAACUUUCAGUCGACGGGCGAUGCACCGCCGGCCAGAGAGCUCAGAGAUAUGAUGCAGAGGUAUGCAGAUGCUAUUCGACCUUUUCCCUGGGUUUUGCAGAUCUACAUCGCCAUGAAAGAUAUACCUGGGAUCGAGCCCGUGAUUCCAGAUAUCGGUGUUAAAGUUGCCAUUGAUCACUUGGGCCACCCAGAUACCCCAAAAACGAACAACUCUGGGCCUGCGCUCGAUCCGCACUCUCUAUCUGGAUUUGACUCAAUGCUGCGACUCUUGGAGGGAAAUAACGCCUGGGUCAAGGUGUCUGCCGUCUAUCGCCUUUCAAAAGCCCCAGGACCCUUGUACACUGACCUUGAUCCUGUCAUCCUUGAGCUCUUCAAAGCAGCGCCGUCUCGACUCGUUUAUGCCUCAGAUUGGCCACAUACUAGAUUCGAGGGACUCGAUAUCAAGCCUUGGACUUCUCAUCUUCUUGAUCUGACAAACGGAAACGUGCAGCUACGAGAUCAGCUGUUUAAGGAAAAUGCACAAGAGCUGUGGGGUGGUGAUACCACAAUAGCCAGUUCAGCGAGGCCUUGA